AUUUUUUUCUGGAGAAUUAUUUUGAGAUAUUGUUCUAGGCGAAUUAAUUUGUACAUAGAGUGGAGAGAAAAUGAAAAAUUCCUCAGCCGCAUAUUAAAAUCCAUGGAGUGGAUUCAACAAGCCGCAAAUGUCGAUUCAAGUGGGCAAAUGGAAAGUAGAGAAAUGGUAGAAAUGCUCGGUGCGCUCCGUGGCUCGUAAAAUCGUGAAUUUUCCCCCUAGUCGAAACAUUAGGCAUCAUCACAGGCGAUAGCGUUUCGUUUUAACCCCUCAUACCCAUUUUUGAAAGAUCCCAGGGUUGCGUGGGCCGCCCCCCAUCCCCGCUGUCCCUCACCGACAGAGGCUCAUCACCAAGGGGCGUUGAUCUUGCCGCCAAGAGUGAAAACGGUACAAUCGUACAGAGGGAUGAAAUAGUUAGGGGUGGCUGUUUACAAUGGACCAAUGAGCGGUGGAUAUUCUCUCCCAUCCCGUCUGCCAUAUCGGCACAAACCCCCGGGGCGGCUUGGCCACGCCUCCAUUUACCCGAGCUACGAUACGAAUGGGGGUAAAACGGUUCGGUAUGUGAGGAGCGUUAUUGAAUUAAGCUUAUCAUUUGAUUUUGAGGAGAGCCACCAGUCGGUUGUCUCGGGUGCUCUUAAACGCCACCGAAAAACUUUUCUAUCGCCGACCCCCGGGAUAAUCGCAAUAAUUUGAUAUCGCUCCUUGAUACGAUUACAUCGUAAGCACCCCGCGGCCUUUCAAGAGCUAUAACGCGUGGUGAGAGCUCAAGGAGGUGCAGGAGAGAAAACAAAGGAGUUGGAGAUCCUCAUCGUCCCCGUGGUUCUUACCUUCCUCCAUUCAUCCUCAUUUUAUCAUUUUAUAUUCUUUUUUUUUUCUUCAUCUUCAAGUCGCUGCGUACCUGAGGUGCGGUGGUGGUGCGGAAAAUCGCCUGUUUUGGGCCUUAAACCGUUUGUCGAGUGAGUGCGCGUGCGCCGACGCAAUCCGCCGCGACGGGAAAACGCGCGCUAUCGCUCUCUGGGGAAAAUUGGGGCUUUUUCGGGGAGUUAUUUGAUGUAAUACGAUUUCGGGGACUGAUCGUGUGUUGACGAGGCUCUCCGACGGCCCCGCGGCCGGGAUGCCACCCAGUGGUGAGGACUGAGAUUGGGGAUUGGGGAUUGUCUGGGUGAUCGGGUGAGCUUGUUGGAGACGCGUUGGAAUUAGUGAUUUUGUGAGAUUUGCGGUGUUGAGGGAAUGGAUUACUCGUAUUUAAAUCAAGCGGCGGCAGCGGCGGCCGCCGGGUUUGAGGCAUCUAGCUGUGCUCUUGCCGCCGGAGAUAUGCAGUGUGGAUAUGGGGAUUUGAGCUCGUGCUCGCAGAUGAGUCAGGCAGCUUAUCGGUAUACGGCGGCAAGGGCCGCAGGAUAUCCGGCAAAUGCCGGUACCACUGGCACUGCCAGUGGGCCCGCACUCGGCGCUCAUCAUGCUGGGCAUCAUGCCCACGCGCAUCAUGCUGCACAUACCACCCCGUGCUCUGUUAUGGCGGCAAGGACUCAGGACGUUCAUCGGCAUGCUGCUUCCAUUUUCAAUCAGUCUAUUAAUCUUCAAGGUGGCCUGGGUUACAAGCCGUACUCAGCACACGACGGUCUCGCCGAAAAGAGGAAACAGCGACGGAUACGUACGACCUUUACGUCAGCACAGCUGAAGGAGCUCGAAAGGGCCUUCCAGGAGACGCAUUAUCCUGACAUUUACACAAGAGAGGAGAUAGCAAUGAAGAUCGAUCUCACAGAAGCCAGGGUGCAAGUGUGGUUCCAGAAUCGUCGAGCGAAAUUUCGAAAGCAGGAGCGUCUGGCGCAGCAGAAGACCACAGGUCAGAGUUCAGGGGUUGGUGUUGACAGUGGUGCAUCGAGUCCAGUCUCCGGUAGUGUGAAAACCGAGGGAAGAUCCCCGAGAAGUCCGGGUACACCACCAGAUCCCUCCAACAAUCACCUACCGUCCAGCGACAUCAAGUCCCUCGCUAAUGUGAAUCUAGUCUCCAUCAAACACACCAAUGAUAAUCACGAUGGACAUUCACCAAAUGCCCGUGGUACCAUCAAUGUCACCACAGCGGGGGGUGGUGGAGGGGCCUGGGGAACCUGCAGUCCUCGACCAUUCACAACUACUUUACCCCCUUAUCUCUUAGACCCACUAAAAACUGCAAAUCUCUACUAAAAAAAAUCCUUCCAAAAUACAGAGGCUAACAUUUUCUCGAACCAGAAUAUGCAGAUGAAAAAUCCACAGCAAACAAAUUGAAAUGAAAUUAUUUCCGCACCUGUUGAUUUUCAUUUCACCUCCGAAAGACAGAUGUACUCCUCGUUGAAGAAGAAAUGACAUUGCAAAUCGAUUAAAAUCUUCUCGGUUCUUUCAGGAUGCCGUGAUCACCUUCAAUUCAAGAAAAUUUCAAGAAAAUGUUCUCCUCUGCAAAGAUGUUAUAUAUAAAAAAAAACGAUGUACGUCCAAUUCUCGUGUAAAUAGAUCUAUCGACGUGCUUUGAAUCGUACGAAAUGUGCAGUCGAAUUCCAGUAGGGGAUACUCCUGAAGAAAUGUUACACAUAAUUUGUGAGAAAAGAAGCGAUACCACGUUUGGAUUAACAGGGUGAAGAGGUUGACGUGAUUUAUAAUUUGUGAUGCAUCGAUGCAAAAAGCAACGUCCUCAUAAAAUGGGAUGUAGAGGAUUGAAGAUGCCCAGUGCAGUCCUCAGAUGUAUUUUAAACAACGCCAAAUGCGUAACUUGUCUUCGCACUUACCAAUUAAGAUUGAAUUUCAUUAUUAUACCAUUAUGUGUGACUGGAAAAAGGGAUCUUGUACAGUUGUUGCUAUAAAUAUAUGAAAUCAGUGUUUUACACCAUUACUUCAAAUGAUUCCAAUGGAGAAAGAACCCAUUACUUUUGUUUUUAAUGAUAUUUAUUGAAAAUAAUCUAUCGUUGUCGUUGUUACACGAUUAUCGCCCCUCCGUGAUGACAAUGGAGCGUAAUUAUUGAUAAUUCGUUGGUGUCAGCAUCCGGACGAGAAGCAACAAUGCUCUGCCAGGUGUUAUCGAAGAAACUCCGAGCCUGACAAUAGAGCAAGAAACAUUGUGGACAGCUCGUUGACUCAGAUGAGAUGACCAGUGUGUUUAUUGACAGUUGUAAAAAAUAAAGUGAUCGUUACCUCCUUCAUUCAGGCGUUUCGUUCGUGCUUCUUAUUCAAGUUGAAAUAAAUCUGUCGCAGUGAGAAAAAAUAGUCUUCCCACUUCGCCAGAAUCAUUUCACCUGUAUGUUCAUUUCGUAAAUUAAAUCUUAAUUGAUAAAAGAUAAUGACAUUCAUAUGAUAACUUAAGAUGAUAUCUUUACGUUAUUGGUUUUUCCUUAAAUCGAUUCGCAUUAAAUUCGUCUCGCUCUCGAAUCCACAGUGCACAGCGAGUUCAUUCAACGAAUUUUCAUCGUUCAUCGAUGCCUACGUCCCACGUGGUAGAUUCUUUCACUCAAACU